CAAUCCAAUCUCGAACGAAGUCCGUGCCGUGCGUGUGUUUUCCGUCGUCGUUGUGUCGUCGUCGUCUUGGUUUUCGUUCCGCGAAAUUGAAUAGCGUGUCACCGUCGUCAGAACAGCAGUUUCCGUCGCGAAUCGCGUACCGCAGUGCCUUCCGGAGCGGGUUCCGUUAUCCGUGCGGGAUGGGGCCGCCGAUUUUGGGGCGAUUUUUGGUGUGAAAAGUGCAGAAAAGUUUCCUCGGGAGUGAAGUUUUUUUUUCUUCAUUUUUUCGUGUUGGGUUGGGGCUAGGCCGAAGAAGAAGAAGAAGGGUACAACAGUGUACCAGUGAUGAUGGAAGAAGUUUGAACGGUAGAGUGAAGGAGCUAGUGAUAUUGUUUGCAUUUCUGUCACGCAAGUGGAUUCGAACAUAAACUAUAAUCCUUGCUUGCGGUGGUUUUGGACGACACAGACGAAAGCGUGUAGUGAAUGUGUUGAUAAACCAACCAGAAGGAUGAUUAUGACUGCAUCAGCCGACGUCGUUGUCGCGAAGUGAUGAAGAUUGGAAUUUCGCUAGAGAAAUUGAGGAAACGGUGCGCGGCCCCGAAGCAGUCUGAGUCUGGUUACGGGGAGGGUCCCCCUAGCCGAUUCCAAGAAGAAAGAAUGUUGAAUUUUUAAUGUUAUUUGUGUGGGGUAUCCAGAGCAGAGGCAGAAGAAGAAGAAGAGCCCAUCCCCGUGGAUUAGUAGCGGAAGCAAGUGUGGUACGUUGACGGAUUAUCGCACCGUGGCCGUCGCUGUCGCCGUUCCGUCGCCCGGAUGUUUCGAAGGUGAAAAUGUAGACCACAAAGUGAAAUUUUCCGACGAUCCACCACCAUUCCUCGACAAUUAGUCUCCCUCCACCCGGGGUGGAAAUCGAAGCGGAGAUAUCGAAAAUAAGCGAAAUUUAUAUGUAGGAAGCAGAAAAAAAUGUUGUGUGAGCGCAAAUGAGCCCCGAAUGAGUAAGCUCGAGUGAAGUUGAAGAAGUGAAAAAGUUAUGAGGAAAGAGAUGUAGAGAAAAAUUGUGGAGUGUGUAUCCGUGUGUUGUCUGCCCCACCACAGUGUAGGCUGGCUCGGCUGGCUGCAGCAGCCGCAGCAGCACUCUGGAGAAGAUUUACCGAGCUGUGCAAGCAAUACGAAAACGUAACGUGUGUAUAGAAGUGAAGUGGAAAUGCUGUAAGCAGCUAUUAGUGUGAAGGAAUGGAGAAAAAAUAAGCUUAAGCGAAAAAAGAAGUUUUUUGUGCCUCAAAGUUUAUUCGGGUUUCGGGGGUUUUCCCCGAGUUGUAUUAAACCCCCAUCUCUCUGUGUUUCGAAAAGUGUACCCAACUAUACUCGAAAAGUAAUCGAAGAACACCCCCCCCAAACCGCGCAGAUAAAAAAGUGCAUCGUACAUAUCGAUUCUUAAAAUUACGACACACACCACACCGUCGUGCAUACAGUUCUGGAAUCUACAACCAGCUACGGCCGCCCUCGAUUGGAUUGAACCGAUUUCGCUUUCGUGCUGGCUGCUGAAAUCAUACCAUACCAUACAUACUGCUGCAGUUUUUAUUUCUCAACAUCAUUCGCCGAUCGGAACCGGAUUUCAGCUGAGUUGUGCUGCACAGCGGCUGGUUUUAAAUGGAUAACAAUAUACCAUCGUCUGGACCGACUGAAAGGUCGCCAUUGCAUCAUCACCACAGCCGUACCUCGUCCAACAGCAGCAGCGUGAGCAACAACCUGAACGGUAACUCGACGGCCGGCCAUCACCACCAGCGACAGCAACGACCCCAGACGCUGACCCCAACCCGGGACUCGCCGAAGAACGCUCCGGUGCCAAUGCUGACACUGGUGCUCACCGUCAACAAGGAUGCCAACGGGUACGGGAUGAAGGUUUCCGGUGAUAAGCCGGUGUUUGUGGAAAGCGUCAAACCGGGUGGCGCAGCGCAGAAGGCCGGUCUGAUGGCCGACGAUAUGAUACUGAAGGUUAAUGGAACAUCUGUACGAUCGUCGACGCAUACGAACGUGGUGGAGUUGAUCAAAGCUUCCGACAUAGUUGAACUGACGGUGCAACGGAGCCACAACAGAAUGCAGCGGCCAUCGCCUUCGACCACAUCCAUCACGCCGACGACGCCAAUUGCGCCGCGGAACUCCAUCACCGCCCCGGUCCCCGUUGAUUUCGCCAAACAGCGGGAGAUGGAGGUGCAGAAGAUGCGUACCCUGAAGCUGAUGCUGGAGCAGGAGAAGAAAAACCGGGACAACCUAGUCGCCAGUAACAAACAGGGCACACCGGAGUGCACCCGGGCGGAGGCCAACAUCAAGAAGCUGCAGGAGGAACUGGCCCAGGUGUGCGGAGAGGAUGCCUCAUUUCCGCCAUUUUCACCCGUCACUUCACCACUCUUUCCGCAGCCCCCGCCACAGAACACUUCCACACCGGCAUUCCUUUCCCGUUUCCCUCGAUCACUGUCUUCUCUCAGUCUUGGAACGAAAAAGAAAUCCGUAGACAAAGACACCAACCUGCACAUAGGUUCGCCGCAGAUCACCGGGCACCACCAUCAGCAUCAGUCAUCGGUGGGAUCGCCGGAGUGCCUGAGCCCAGCCAGUCCCGGAAGUCAUCCCAAUCACAGCGGGAACCCCUUCGGUGGACAUGGGCUAAAUUCCUCAUCCGGAAGUGGCGGAACUCCCUCGAAGAAGAAAUACAGCAGUAGCAACGUGUCGGAUCGAAGUCACAAAAGCCAACACGACACUCCGCCUCCGUUGCCGCAAAGAAACAUUCCAAAACGGUCGGAUUCAGCGCUGGAUUCGGUCGACACCGUCGGAUCCCGAAGGAACAUCGUGGUAUCCGAUUUGGACCAUUCCGUACUAGGUGCUGGCACUCCCGGAACCGGCAAAAACUCCAACAACAAUAACAGCAAUUCCGCGGGAAUCAGCAAACCAGGCAAAUCGAAGCGUAAGAAGAACGGCAACUUGGGGGAGAUGAAGGCUGAACAAUCGACGAUGUACCAUCACGGUACGGAACGAGGGGGAGGCGGAGAACUACAGGCGGAGCCUCCACCGUUACCACCUCGGCAACCCGGCAUGAUGGAAGUCAAUCAGAACAUUAUCCUGAACAAUGACAACAUUGCCGCAACAUUCAGCAAUCAGAAUUGCACCAGCAAUAACAACAACAACAACAGUCGGGUCAACAGCCCCGAUAUGCGACCACCGCCGAACAGUAUUAACACGCUGAUGAGCUAUCCCCUGGUCACCACUUGCACGCCGGUGCGGGACAGCAUGGCCGCAGCGUUCCCCCUAUCGCACAGACCCAACAUUGUCCACCAGAUGCAGCAGCAUCAGCAGCAAGCCGCUCUGAGUGCAACCCCAGCGUCGGCCCACAUCAACCAGUCGAUCAACAAGAAGCACCGCCGGAUAGUGUCCUCUCCGGAGAACAUCAACUCCAAGGAGUUCAGUGAUCACUCGGCGACCGGUACCGGUUCCCUAGUGCCACGUCACCAAAAGACCUCGUCCGACUCGUGGGACAAACGAUCGCAGGAGAUCACGCCCCCUGGGACGCCACCGCCGCCGUAUCUGAGCUCGUCGAUGAUCGGCAGUGGUGUUGGUAGCGGACAUUUGCACCACGAUCACACCACUGCCGGCGAUUUGGCGACAUCCAACGAGAACCUCCUGCACCAUCAUCACCACCCCCAUCAGUACCAGCGGCCGGCUCCGGCGAUACCACAUCAGGUCGCUGGAGCCACUACCACGAUAGUGGCCGCCCAGGCAAACGUGGCCCAGAAGCCGAUCAUUUCGAUGGAGGACGACGACGUCUCCGAUCAGGAGAGCCUCGUCGAAGAACAAGGGCCUUUCAAGUCGCUGUCCAGUUUACUGGAACAGGCUCACUCGGCACACCUAGCAGUAUUUCUAAAUUUCGUACUUUCCAACUCGGAUCCGUCGCCGUUGCUGUUCUAUCUGAUCACGGCCCUCUACAAGGAGGGCAGCAUCAAGGAUAUGCGCAAGUGGGCGUACGAGAUCCACUCGACGUUCCUGGUUCCGGGAGCGCCCCUCCUGUGGCCCAACGUGGACGAAUCGUUGGCCCGCGAGAUCGACGACAUUCUCCAGAAGGAGAACGACAAGGUGGAAUUCUUGCGGAGGGUGUUCUUGCGCAGUCGCAACAAGGCCCGAGAUUACAUCUCCAGCCAGCUGAAGGACUUUCAGGUGAAACGAACUGCCGGGCUGGGGACGAUGUACGGGCCCACGGACCAACAGCUAAAACUGGCCCAAGGUGAUAAAGUGAAAGAGCAGCGGAUAGUGGAGGAAACGUUGCUCCCGAAGCUGCAGCAGUAUUUAGAGGAAAUCGAGAAGGAAGCUCCGAAGGAGUGCCCAAAGAAGCUGGCCUUGUGUGCGGCACUGUCCACGGUGUUGCAGAGGUUUUUCGUGACGCGACCCAAUACCGGUAGCCCGAUCGAUAAGGUGCAUCACUUCGUCAGUCGGGAGAAAAGUUUCAAGAGUCGGUUGAUGUCGAAGCACCGGAAGCAGGACAUUCUGGGGCACAACCUGCGGUUGCAGCCGUACUACGAGGUGACCCGAUGUAACCACUGCCAGAACAUACUCUGGGGUGUGAGUCCGCAGGGUUAUCAUUGUUCGAACUGUGAGCUGAACAUUCACCGAGCUUGUGCCAAGGAUCUGAACGAGUGCUGUCCGGGACCUACGCCGCUAAAAAACGAUAGCAGUAAAAUUACGAAGCUGAUGGAGAAAAUAUCGAGCCGGAACCAUCAUCAAGCCGAUCGGACGCGAAGGCAUGACGAUGAUGGGGCCGGCGAAGACGGCUUGGGAGUCGAUCGUCCCACCAGUAUAUCGCUGGCCCGGCAACCAUCCGAUCGGAGGCAAGACUUCAACAACAGCAGCUACCUGGGCGGUAGCAAUGUUAGUUCCUACACCGACUACCUUAGCAAUUCCACCGGUGAUCCGGACACGUUCGCGCCGGGUGGCGUCGACAAUGAUCAGUUUAGGGAAAGUGUCAAAUCCAAAUCGGCUCCGGUGUCCGUCAAUCGGUCCGAGUCGUACAAGGAGCGCUCGCAGAAGAAAACCCGCAAUACCCGCCGGAAAACGUCCGACCCCAGUCUGACGAAAACGACUGACGAACAGAACGAGGCCUCAUCGCUGAUCAACAACAACUACUCCAGCAGUUCCACAUCUAGUCUUCCACUUGCGCUGGACAGCAGGUCGACCUCGCUCGAAGCGGUCGGCGGCCCAGCGGGAGGAGCCUCGGCUGGUCCAGGAGCUCCCCCGGGUUCGGCGGUGGCGCCGUGUGCCAACACGUCGGCCAGCAACAGUUCCGGUCUGUUCGGUUCGCCCGGUGGUCCCAAUGUGGCCAACCUGAGCGGGUUCGGCGGUACGACGAUCCUGCUACCCACGGCUCGCGAAUGGGUCGACAGCGAGGACGAAGGCAACGUCGAGCUGGAGGUUGACUGGAGCUCCAACAUACCGGCGGACAUACUCGCCACCCUCUGUGAUGCCGAAAAGAAGCGACAGGAAGUGAUAAACGAAAUUUACCAAACUGAAAGGAACCACGUGCGGACGCUGCGGUUACUGGAGGGCAUAUUCAUGCGAUCGCUCCAAACGGAACCCUCGUGCAACGACCUGUUGCCGCUGUUAUUUCCACCCUCGUUGCGGAAACUGCAGGAGCUGCACAGCACCUUCGAGAGCUAUCUGAAGCAACGGCGGAUAGAGCACAGCAACAUCGUGCGGGAAACCGGCGAUCUGCUGCUGUUGAUGUUCGAAGGCCAGUCCGGUGAGGACCUUAAAGAGCAUGCCGCGUACUUCUGUGCCCGCCAGCAGAUCGCCCUGGAAGCGCUCAAGGAGCGACGGAAAAAGGACGACAAACUGCAGCAGCUGUUGAUCAAGGCCGAAUCGCACAAGGCCUGUCGACGGUUACAGCUGAAAGACCUGCUUCCGACCGUACUGCAGCGACUGACCAAGUACCCGCUGCUGUUCGAUAACCUGUACAACUUUACGAUGCGUGUCCAGCCGGACAACGAACAGGAGGCGCAAGCGAUCCGCAAAGCUCUGGAAUCCUCCAAGCGAAUAUUGGACCACGUCAACCAGGCGGUCCGGACUGAGGAGGAUAAUCAUAAGCUUAUCACUAUUCAACGUAAGUUAGACAAAAGUGGCUUAGACAAGGACGCUCCUAGUGAAUUUAAGAAUAUUGACUUAACUGUUCGUAAACUGAUUCACGACGGAGCGUUAACGAUGAAGAAGAAUCCCGGCGUACAACUGCAUGGAUUGUUGUUCGAGGAUAUGAUGGUUUUACUACAAAAACAGGAUGACAAAUACCUACUCAAGUACCACUCUAGUCCCGGUCUCGGCGGUAGCGAGAGCAAAAUCACCGAGGGCCGCUUCAACCCGAUCACCAAAACCAACCUGAUCCUGGUGCGGCAGAGCGCCGUCGACAAGAACACCUUCUUCCUGAUCAACACCAACGUGUCGCAGAUGCUGGAGCUGACGGCGCCCAGCAGUUCCGAGUGCAAAGCAUGGUUCAAGCACAUAUCGGACGCAGCCGACGCGUACAAAGCCCGUACCAAAGGAACCCACGACUACAGCGAGGACACCGCCGGUGUCCACGGUCAGCAUCCAAAGGAUAGCUUCGAAACCGUCACCGAGACGCAAAAGAUCGAACAGACCUCGACGCCGAUCGAUCGGUUAGAGCGCAAGGACAGCAGCCAUCAGUGUCGUGCCGUUAGCACCGGGGGUGGCCCCGUCACCAACCAUAGUAGUAGUCAUCAACCGGGAAGCCACCCGACGGGUCCCAACAGUCACGGGACCGGUGUUGGUGCCGGUGGCCUCAACAACAACAACAAUGAAGAUUCCCUGCCGAACAAAAACCACCACGGACGAACGGCGGCGGCGUCAGCGGCGGCGAACGAGGACGAUGACAACGUCGAGAACGAGGAGAAGGAGCUGAUCAAGCGGAGAAGUCUGCUGCUGGCGCAAGAUGUGCCCAGCGAUGACGACCGGCCGGGCAAGGACGAGGACGACGACCAACAGCAGCGAGUCGGCGGGGGUCGCGGGGGAGCCGUGAAUAACACGCGAACCCUGACGCAGCAGUGCUCGCUGGUGGCUCCCGGGGAGAUCCAUGUCAGUGUCAGCAGCGCGCUGACCGCCGAACCGGUAUUGACACCGUCAGAAAAACUUCGCCGCCUCGACAUGGCCAUCCGCAAGACGCUGGUCGAGAAGCAGCGGGUCGUAUGUGAUAUGUUCAAAGUGCCGGACGAGCACUUCCUGGCGAUCGCGGACAUUGCCGGUCAGCCGGAAGCGCCCCAAAAGGAACCGACCGACAUCAUUCUGGCCGCCUUUUCCCACAUUCAAUCGUUGACGGACGUUCUCAACGAGCACAUGCGGGUCACCCAGAGCCAGGAGAUCUCGGCCGUUUCGACGUCAGUCUGUGAUGAGUGCAAUUGCAGUGCGAGUGCUGCGAAUGGUGUAGGAGUAACGGGAGUCGUAAGCAAUGGUACACCGGAAAUCAACGGAACCGCGGUGGUUGUCGAUCCCGUCGCCAAUAGCAGUAGUAGUAGUAUUAGUAGUAGCGCCAAUUCUCAAAUCACCACCGUGGGGGUUCCACCGAUCGGAGCGGUUUUGGAGGAGCAGGGCGACCAGGUCAGCAUUACCGAGGACGAGGAUGGCUACUGCGAAAUUGAUGAAGUGAGAGCUGCAGCGGUUUUGUUGGAAUCUCAGCGGGAAGCUGAAAAACUCAAGAAAGCGGAAGCGGAAGCUAAAGCUGCAGCAGCUGCGGCGGUUGCAGUGGCAGCGGCGGAAUCCUCUACAGUCCUGGACGAUAGCGGUAGCGGCGCUGGACCCAAAUCGCCAGAUUCCUAUAUCGAAAUCAAUGAUAAUUAUGAUAGUACUCAGAAUCACCUGCAGCCUAACAAAUUCGUCGGAGUGGAUUUGUGCGGAAGAAAUCGGCUACUGCACGCAUCGUCCCUGGUGCCAACCGUACCGUGCCAUCUGAUAGCGAACUACGUGUCUGGUCUGAACGCGCAGAUUUCACAGCUAUUGCCAAAAAUUAGCGAACGAGACUUGGAGCGAGAACAACUGAGACGGGAGAAUCAGCAUUUACGGGAACUAUUGAAUGCAAUGCAUCAGGAACGAGUUUUAGAAACACAGGAAACUACGGAAGCCCCCGUACUGACUGACCCGGAACCACCUUCACAACCCGAACAACCAUUACAGCAGGAGCAAUCCCAACAACAACCAACACCACAACUGGCGGAGCCUGCUAGUGUAAUCAGCACUACCAGCACAACCGACAACGUAAAUGAGUGAAUUUUCCGCCCCUUUUCCAUCGAAAACCCCGCGGCAAAGCUGUGACGUACCCAAAUCACCGACAGAUGGCGGCACCCCCUUAUCGCCUGAAUGUAUGUAAUUGCCGAAGUAUGCGCGAAGCGCUCGCAGUGACCCAUUCCGACAUCAGAUCCGACUCCCAAUGUGUGAGCAUUUGCGCGCUUAUUGUUUCAACAAAAAAAAAAAAGGUAUUUGGUACGCUCGGUGUGUGAGAAGAAGUUAUAACAAAAGGCCUUAAAACAUUAACUAUUGCGACUGACGCAGCAACAGCAUCAAGCACAACCAGAAAUUACUAAUAUUGGAUUGUUUCGCCGUUGUCUCGAUCGUAGUAGCUACUCGUCGUCUUCGUCGUCGCUGUUGCUGUGUUGCCAUGGUAGCAACACGUGUGUUCUUUUGGAAUGCUUUGAUUAGGAUUACAAAAAACACAAACGCGUUACAUGGUAAAAGAAAAUAUCACGAAAAAUAAUCAAAAGAUCAUAAGCAAUUUUACCUUCUAGUAGGUCAGAAGAGCGAAGAGUUCCCGAAUAUUUGGAAAUAGGAAAAACAAGUGUCUAAGAAAGUUGGAGGGAGAUGUAUAGGAAAUAGAUAGGAACCGAGUCGAGAGAGUACACCCCCGGAUUAAGUUUAACUUAUUACCCACAAAGUACCCCCGCCCCUCUCCCCAAAAUGUAUUUUUUUAGAUCAUCAAUGUUGUUUAUUUGUUCUUAUUUUAUUUAGCUUUUUGUUUAUAGGCAAUUAAAAUGAUAAUUAAUAAAAAGAACGAAAAAAGUGCGAGAUAACAACUUAACCAACACACGUGCAGUUUAUACUUUUCUUUCUACUAAUGAAACGAUUCCAAAAGUGACAGAGUUGUGUAUUUCUCGCUAAAAUUUUACUCACUUUUGCAGUAUAGCCGUUUCGCAUACACCCCUACAUUUCCACUUGCGUUUUAAAAGGAGCAAACCGUGUAAAAGCGUGACUUUUUUAAUCUUGUGAAACGUCAAAACAAAAGUCAAAGCAAGCGUAGCAACCUUGGUUAUGUAAUUUAUCCAAAAAGAAAAUAUGAUUGUUUGGUUUUUAACGUGUACAAGUGAGAAACGGAAGUGAACGAGAGCUAGAGAGUGUGUAUUUCGAAAGGAUCUAUUAUUUAUUGUAUAUUUUCGCCCCAACUCCCAAAAAAUGCCCAUUUUCUUGUUUUUAAGGACAUAACCAACAGAGAAACAUUUAUAUUGGUAAUAUAAUAGAAGAAAAAGAAGAAGACCAUUUAUAGGUACGAGCCACUUGUAGCUGCUUGAACUUCACCUAUAGGCCACCGCAUUAUGACAAAAGGAAAAAACACGUAAAACAAGAACAGAAAAACAAAGAAAACAAUGGAAAAAGAGUGGAAAACAGAUGCCAAUAGGACAUGGUAGUAAGUUGUAAAUAACAGUCUAAUGCAAAGAAGAAAAAACAGCAAAUACACACAACUGCACCCUUUCAACGAAAGCUGAAUAAUCCAUGUAGAAAUAACCCAAAAGCUUUGAAAAUAUGUGCAAAAAACUGGUACAUAGCGGCAAACCAAAAAAAAAAACAAAACACGUAAAACCAAGAAAGUAGCAUUCACGGCAUUGAAGAAGCAUUUGAUUGGAUGAAAAAUUGGCACUGAAAACCAAGAAUCCACAACAGUAGUUAACCAUAGUUUGUGAUAUGCGCGUUUUAUACGAAGAGAGGCAUACAAAAGCGACGGAGGAGCGUACUUUUCUGUUUGUGUUUUUCUCUCUGUACCUCUUUCUGGAAAAACAGGGUUCUGAGGGUCGCCAUGUUGUAGGGAUUCUCCAUUUCUUCAAUUGAUCCGCCAUUUUUUGGCGUUUGUACUUACCUAUCAAAUUUUGAAUUUCCCGUCCCCCAAUGUCGGCGUACUUAGAGAAAAAAACUUUCAAUGUUCUUGAAUCCUUCCAGUGAAAUAAAAAAAAAUGUGUUUUUGUAUGUAUGAGUGUAGUGAACCUCACAUGGCGACCCUGACUGACGACCAUACUCGCACAAGGUGAGACAAUAAUGUUUUCCAAAAGUGUCCACUGUCUACCAAAUCGAAAGUAUGGACAGUUCUUUUUUGUUUAUCGAAAAGGAAGCGACAUUUGUUGGUGAUUUUUUUCAAAAUUCUAUGAAAUUCAGCAAAAAAAUAGUUUGAGCUCUACAAACAUUUUAAAAUAGAAUGGAACGAGUUCAACAAUUCAUAACCAUAGCUGAGCAUUUCUUCAACAUUUCAAAAUACAGUAGACGUUCGAUAACUGAAACAUGUUCACGUUUCACUUAACAAACGAAAGACCGAUAACUGCAACGUCUGACAGUGUCAACAAACCACUAACUGACGUAAAAUGAACGUGAACUUCAUCCGAUUGUCCAUUUGGGCUAACGUGACGCACCAUUUUGACAUUUGGCGGUGCGAUACAGUAGACGUUCGGUCGGUGCAAACGGUUUAACUGCAAUUCUUUUUAACUGCAAGUCCGGUAAGUGCAACAAUUUUGCAGUUAUCGCACCGCCAUCCGUCAAAAUGAUGCGCCAUGUUAGCCCAAAUGAACAGUCGAAUGAAUUUUUUGUUCAUUCUACGUCAAUUGAUGGCUUGUUGACACUGUCUGGCGUUGCAGUUAUCGGAUUUUCGUUCGCUAAGUGAAACGUAAACAUGUUGCAGUUAUCGAACGUCUACUGUAACUGCAAAUUUGUUGCAGUUACUGGACUUGCAGUUAGAAAGCAUUACAGUUAAACCGUUUGCACCAUCCGAACGUCUACUGUAAAUCGUUUGCGCCGACCGAACGUCUACUAACUGUAGUCUGAAACGAACUCACGCGUGAUAAGUGAAAACGGCUUAACUGCAAUGCUUCUGAAUUGCAAGUCCAACUAAUAAGAAAACUUUGAUAUAUCUGUUACAGUAGACGUUCGAUAACUGCAACAUGUUCAUGUUUCACUUAGCGAACAAAAAUCCGAUAACUGCAACGCCUGACAGUGUCAACAACUGACGUUAAAUGAACGUGAACUUCAUUCGACUGUUCAUUUGAGCUAACAUGGCGCACCAUUCUGACAUUUGGCGGUGCCAUACAGUAGACGUUCGGUCGGUGCAAAUGGUUUAACUGCAAUGCUUUUUAACUGCAAGUCCGGUAAGUGCAACAAAUUUGCAGUUAUCGCACCGCCAAACGUCAAAAUGGUGCGCCAUGUUAGCCCUAAUGAACUGUCGAAUGAAUUUUUUGUUCAUUCUACGUCAAUUGAUGGCUUGUUGACACUGUCAGGCGUUGCAGUUAUCGGAUUUUCGUUCGCUAAGUGAAACGUUAACAUGUUGCAGUUAUCGAACGUCUACCGUAACUGCAAAUUUGUUGCAGUUACUGGACUUGCAGUUAGAAAGCAUUACAGUUAAACCGUUUGCACCGACCGAACGUCUACUGUAUCUAAAAAUUGAAAACCAACAAAGCGUCGCUUUCUCAGAUGAUUUUCACCCGGGUCAUUUUGGCUAAAAACCCCAAACUCCAAAUAAGAACUGAGAUUCGUAUGGAUAUUUGUAUUCCGAAUCACGCUUUUACGUAUUGUUAUACAUAGUGAGAUAUCGUGCAAGAAGAAAAUUUGCCUUAAUUCAGUGUGUACACGUCGUACUUUUGUAUACAAUCGGGACAACCUUCCAUCGUUUUGCGCCUUUUCCCAUAAAUUGAACAUUUUUCAAUGACUUUUUAAUUUUUUUAAUGAGACAUACCCAUUUUUUUUUUUAAAUGGGUUAAAAUCAAUCCCAAAAGCGGGUGCAAUUUGUGGAAAUGAUGUAGUUUUUAAAAUGCUUAAUAGACUACACAAAUCCAUUGAUUUCAGUAGUUGAUCAUUCCCGUAAGAUACAAUCCAAAUGUGCAAAAAAUCACAUUUUCUUUAAAAGUUUUGACAUUUUACAAUUGCAACACGACGUUUAACUUUGUAAGAAAUUCGAUAAGUGCAAUGUCAGCUUAGACGUCGAUAACCCAUCAAUUAUUAUUAAACGAAUGCAACACUGUUUAUUCGAGCUAACUUGGCGCGCCAUUUUGACAGUUGUUGGCAUUACGACGCAGUAGACGUUCGAUAACUGCAACAUGUUUACGUUUCACUUAGCGAAUGAAAUUCAAUAACUGCAACGCCUGACAGACGUCAAUGUUCAUUUGACGUCUAUUGAUUGGUCGUUGGCGUCUGUGAGACGUUACAGUUAUCAAAUUUCGUUUGCCAAAUGAAACGAUAGCAUGUUGCAGGUUACCGACCGUCUACUGUACUCAGGUACAAGAAUGUACACUCGAAUGUACAGAUAAGAAAAAAGUGGUUGAAUCGGACAGGAAUGAUCCACCACAAAUCGAUAGUUUGUAGAAAACAAAUAAAAAUCAAAAAUUUGUAUGAAUCGUAAGAAAAAAACAUCAAAUUCAGUAGAAGCAAAAGCAGUGCGUCGUAUUUUGGUACCUACACACUAAAAAAAAAAAUAUGCUAAAUUUACACCAAAAAUAUCCUAUACUCGAAUGGAAAGCCCCUUUCUAAAGCUUAACUGACUCAAACCAAGCGCCAUUUUUUGUAUUCUCAUAAUUUGCUGUAGCCAUUAUUGUACCAUAGAAGUAAAUUAAUCCUGUCACGCUAAAACACAAACAAAAAAAACACAUACAUACAUAAAAUACACCAAAAGAUAAGCAGUUUUAAUACAAAUUCUCUUACUACUACUACAACUACAAGUUCUAUACACCGCCGCGCAUACACUGAGUAAUCUGUUAGGACACUACUGCAAAGAAACAAAAGAAAACACCACAAACAUAAUCGCAAAUUGUUUCGAACCACCAAGCUUGAAGGUUGAAACAAACCGGAAUGUGAGUUAAAACAAGCCUAUAACAAGAAAGAUCCGAUGCGAGAACAAAGAGCAAAGUGAGCAAAAAGUAUUACAGUAGACGUUCGGUCGGUGCAAACGGUUUAACUGCAAUGCUUUUUAACUGCAAGUCCGGUAAGUGCAACAAUUUUGCAGUUAUCGCACCGCCAUCCUUCAAAAUGGUGCGCCAUAUUAGCCCAAAUGAACAGUCGGAUGAAGUUCGCGUUCAUUUUACGUCAGUUGAUGAUUUAUUGACACUGUCAGGCGUUGCAGUAAUCGGAUUUUCGUUCGCUAAGUGAAACGUAAACAUGUUGCAGUUAUCGAACGUCUACUGUAUUUUAGAAGCAUGUCAAUUUCCCACUGCUGCUGUCCCAUCUCCGCGCACCGAAUGAUUUCCACAGUCUUUUUAGUAGUUAGGUAUGUAGUUUGUGGUUAGUUUGCACUGAGAUAUUAUGAUGCGAUGCGAUGAGAAGAAGAACAAUUGCUAGAGUUGCAGGGCAACCAAGAAUGUUCUCGAUUUGUUUCUGGAUUUACAUACAUAAUAGGAAAAGUGCUGCUGCUGUAUCUAUAGCCAGCUGUGUGUUUGUAAGCUUUCUGUUUGUCGUGGUGUGUGAUGUGGGAAGUAACAUGGCUUUAAACGGGCAAUCCGUGUUCCGUUUUCCCCUUCACAACUUCCUUUCCGUGCAAUGGACUUUUCGGUUUUAGUUUACACUGAUUUUAACUUUUUUUUGGCAAACAAGUAGAAAAACGACGUUGAAUACCCAAUUCCUUCUCUUUUUUUUGUUGUUGGGCAGUGUUUGUUCCUUAUGUGGCAUGCGGAAGUUGGUGUUUCGUAUAAAUAAGUUCUUGUAAAAAAAAAGUGAAAGUAUAAUAUUUAAUAAUGGAAGCGAAAGCGAAAUAAACAAAUAAAAAAGUACAUACAAAAAUAUUCGAAAAAGAAUGUAAAA